UCUUUUCUUUGGGGGGUGGGGGGGUUCUCGUGAAACCUCAGGAAAAAAAGCCAAGCACCAGCAUCUACUUACGGGGGAGAGGAAAUAAUUUGGACAUCGGCUAAAAACGGGAUCUUAUUGAUAAGGCUCCUAUAUAUAAUGUGACUGUUGUGGUGGAGACAGAAGCCCGGGUUGUAGCCUGAUGAUUCACAUGCCGUCAUUUUAAGAGGAAAUAUUUAUUUUUUAAUUUCUCCCCAUCCGCCCUGUUAAUGUGCUUUUUUUCCUGGCCAGCCUGAGAUAGGAUUUCAAAUAAUAACCUGAAAUUAUAUUUAAAGGGAGAGUCGAUGGAAAAAAAGAAAACGGGGCUCUUUUUGGUUGUGAGUGGAAAUGAAUUGAACGGCAGAGUAGUGAGGCAUCUGCCAAAGAUGGGCUCCGGAGGAGACAUUUGCUGAGGAAGAUUUAACAUCAAAGCUUGAGAAAAUAUACAUACGUGUAUAUUUAAAAGAAAGGAGGAAAAGAAGGGGGGGUAAAAAAAAAUACACCUUUAAGGAAGCUGGACCCCACCACCAGCACCAUCGCCAUCCCUAGACACUCAUUCAUGUGCAGCCAGAAGCUGGAAAUUUUACAUCCACUCUCAUAUCAAUGUUGAUGACUUCAUUGCGGAUUUACAGUGGGGGGAAAAAACUACAGGAAUCAAGCAUCUGAGAAGGGCGGCAUCGUAGCUCUGCUCCUUUCUGACUGAUCUGUUGCUGAUAAAUUGCCAGUAAAUAUCCACACCCCCCACCCCAUCCCCUCCUCCACACAUACACAUUGUGCCAAAGCCUGGUGAAGCUCACUGUCUACUACCUGGCGUCUACUUCUUCUGCAUCUGGCAAGAUACAUGUCACCCAUUUGGAGCCAGGUGUUCCUCUCUUGGGCCAGUCUAGGAAUUUGGGAUUGAUUUAAAAAAAGAUCCUCUCUUUUCUGACCAUCACCCUCUUCUUUCACCAACCAUAUCAACCGCCCUGCCUCCAAACCCUGAACCUGCAACUGGGUUUUUGGGAAGAUGGGCUGCCUUGGCAAUAGUAAGACUGAAGACCAACGAAAUGAGGAGAAGGCACAGAGGGAAGCCAACAAAAAGAUUGAGAAGCAGCUCCAAAAAGACAAACAGAUAUACCGGGCAACUCACCGGCUACUGCUGUUGGGGGCUGGUGAAUCCGGGAAAAGUACGAUAGUCAAACAGAUGCGAAUAUUGCACGUUAAUGGCUUCAACGCAGAGGAGAAAAAACAGAAAAUUCAUGAUAUUAAAAACAACAUUAAAGAAGCUAUAGAGACGAUUGUGGCGGCCAUGAAUACGCUCACACCUCCUUGCCAGUUAGCCUGUCCUGAGAACCAGUCUCGGAUUGAUUAUGUCCUGAACCUAGUAAACCAGAAGGAUUUUGAUUUUCCUACAGUGUUCUGGCUAGUUGUGCUAGAGGGACAUGUCUUCCAUAAACGCGUAGACCAGUCUGCUCCCAGCGGCCUGGGAGGAAGUCGAUGA